AUGGAGAAGAACGAGAUAGCGGAACAGAACCAAGGAGAUCACAGCGACACUACCGACCAUGAAGGUUUAGACCACAAGCCCGUCUACUCCGAUGCCGAUGAAGGAGAAGUAGACGUCUUUGGUGGUGAGGGUGGAGCCAACUUCCGUACUAUGGGCCGCUUCGAUACCGUCUUUGCCCUCCUCACCAACCAGUUUGGUCUCGGAGCACUUGCUCUCCCUUCAGUUUUCAAGACUCUUGGUCUUAUUCCCGGUCUCAUCACUCUCAUCGGCGGAGCCCUCAUCACUUACUUCAGUGGUGUUGAGAUUUUCUGGUACUACGUUGCCCAUCCCAAAGUCACCAAUAUCGCUGAAAUGAUGAAGAUCGUGGGGGGCCGCCCAGCAGAGAUCUUUUGUGGCAUUGGCCUAUUGCUACAACUUAUCAUGACUGCUGCCUCUGCAGUUGUUACCAUCUCUAUUGCUUUGAAUGCCAUUAGCGAGCAUGCUGUCUGUACUGUCGGCUAUAUCGCUAUUGCCUGCAUUCUUUGCUUUAUGCUCUGCAUUCCCCGGACUGCUAAAUUCUUGGCUCAGUCUGGCCUCCCUUGCAUCCUCAGCAUCCUUGCCGCGGCUCUUUCUACUAUCAUCGGCCUCGGUAUAAAAAACCCUCCCGGAGCCCCAGAAGGCUGGAAACCCGAGAUUGAGCUUUUUGGAACUCCUACCCUCCGCGAGGUCUUGAACGGCGUUCUUAAGAUCCUCUUUGCCUUGGCUGGUAACUACGCCUUUGUUACUUAUAUGGCUGAGAUGAAGGACCCUAAGAAGGACUUUAUUUACUCUCUUAGAUGGUUGAUGGUUGCAUCUGUUGUUUUCUAUGCAUUCAUCGCCAUCGCUGUCUACUGCCUCGCUGCCGAGUUCACCUCCUCCCCUGCUCUCAGCUCCGCCCCUAUUGUUGCUGCCAAGGUAGCCUACGGACUCGUCCUCCCCGCCAUUUUAACUGAUGGUCUUGCUUGUGGCCAUAUCGGUACUAAGUAUGUCUACAUUACUAUUAUGCGACAGAUCAAUGCCCUGAAGGAAGUUACUGCAAAUACCCCCAAGGCAUGGGGUACCUGGAUAGGCAGUAAUGCUGCCUUCUGGGUUAUCGUCUUUAUUCUCUCCAACACCAUCCCUGUUUUCGACUCCAUUGUUGCCGUUAGUUCGGCUACGACUUACGCUUGGUUUACAUAUGGUAUCAGCGCUUUCCUCUGGCUGCACCUCUAUAAGGGACGUUAUUUUGAGGACUGGUGGAGUAUUAUGCUGUUUAUUGCGAAUAUUGGCUUUAUUGUUUUCUCUCUAUUUUUGAACGGUGGUGGAACUUGGUCUUCUAUUACUGCACUUUUGGAUAUUUUUGCUACAUCCGAUAACAUUCGGGGAUGUUUUAGCUGCGGCGAUAAUGCGGUUAUAUAA